AUGGGGGAAACUUACAGAAGCGUCGAUCUAGCAGCGGAGGCUCUUAUUCUUGCAAUUUCGUCGGUCUGUGAUGUUCGAACAACUGCACACUCCGGCACAGAACGGGCGGUGCAAUGGCGGCGUAAAAUAGCGAACGAAGAAAGAAAACCCUCAUUGAUUUCACAAACAGACAAAUGGGAGAUAGAGCACAAAUGUGGAAAAGGGCGGUGCAAUGGCGGCGUAAAAAGCGAACGAAGAGAGAAAACCCUCGUUGAUUUCACACACAGACAAGUGGGAGACACAGCACAAACGUGGAAAGGAACGAGGAAAAGGGAGGAAGAACUACAUGAACUGAUGACCCUAGAGGAAUAUACAGAAACACACAAACUUGAAAAUGAUGGGGGAAAGGGACAUGAUCUUAGACCGUUUACAUAUUCAUCUAUUCUGGCUGCUACGAAUAGCUUUUCAUCAGAAAGCAAACUGGGUGAGGGUGGUUUUGGCCCAGUUUAUAAGAAUUCAGAAGGCCUAUUAGCUAUCUUGGGCGUAACCAUUAUGGCAAAGCUCAACUUCAUAGCCUUAUCUACAAAGCUCGCCAUUAUUCCUGGAUAUGGUGACCACCUCACGGUGAACUUGAUUGGAGUUUCUCCUUGA